GGCCGGCGCGGCUCCCGCCCCGCCCCGCGUCCCCGCCAUCCCCGCCCCGCCGGCCCCGCCCCGGAGGCCGGUACGCUGGCUCGCUCGCUGCCGGGGAACAUGGCCGAAGUCGGGGAGGACAGCAGCGGGGCGCGGGCUCUGCUGGCGCUGCGCUCGGCGCCCUGCAGCCCCGCCGCCGCGCCCCCUCCCGGGCCGCCGCCCCCGGCCGCGCCGCCCGCCGCCUGCGCCGGGCCGGUGCUGGCGCGGCUGCAGGGCCGCGAGUUCGAGUUCCUCAUGCGGCAGCCGGCCGUCACCAUAGGCCGCAACUCCUCGCAGGGGUCGGUGGACGUCAACAUGGGGCACUCCAGCUUCAUCUCGCGGCGGCACCUGCAGCUCAGCUUCCAGGAGCCGCACUUCUACCUGCGCUGCCUCGGCAAGAACGGCGUCUUCGUGGACGGCGCCUUCCAGCGCCGCGGCGGCCCGGCCCUGCAGCUCCCGCCGCAAUGUACUUUCCGAUUCCCCAGCACGGUUAUAAAGAUCCAGUUCACAUCUUUAUACCAUAAAGAGGAAGUAAAAGAGGAAACCUCAUCGCCUCCCCCUCGGCCACUUUACCCUCAAAUAUCACCUCUGAAGAUCCACAUCCCGGAGCCGGAUCUCCGGAGCGUGGUCAGUCCCCUCCCAUCCCCCACAGGCACUAUCAGUGUUCCCAACUCUUGCCCGGCCAGUCCACGUGGUGCUGGAUCCUCAGGAUACCGUUUUGUCCACAACAUUACCUCGGAUCUGCAGCUGGCAGCAGAGUAUGCGGCAAAAGCGGCAUCGGAGCAGCAGGCAGAUGCAUCUGGCGGGGACAGCCCAAAGGAUGAGUCCAAGCCACCCUAUUCUUAUGCUCAGCUAAUUGUGCAGGCUAUAUCUUCAGCACAGGACAGGCAAUUAACACUAAGUGGGAUCUAUGCCCACAUUACCAAGCAUUAUCCAUAUUACAGGACUGCUGACAAAGGCUGGCAGAAUUCCAUUCGGCACAACCUCUCCUUGAACCGCUACUUUAUUAAAGUCCCACGCUCCCAAGAAGAGCCUGGAAAGGGCUCCUUUUGGCGAAUUGACCCUGCCUCUGAAGCCAAACUAGUAGAACAAGCAUUUAGAAAACGAAGGCAAAGAGGAGUGUCCUGCUUCCGAACACCUUUUGGGCCUCUCUCCUCCAGGAGUGCUCCUGCCUCCCCUACUCACCCUGGCCUGCUGUCCCCUCACUCUAGUGGCCUACAGACUCCAGAGUGCCUGUCACGGGAGGGCUCACCCAUUCCACAUGAUCACGACUUUGGGUCAAAGUUAGCCUCGGUUCCGGAAUACCGCUAUUCCCAGAGUGCACCUGGGUCUCCAGUGAGUGCCCAGCCAGUGAUUAUGGCUGUUCCUCCCCGACCAUCUACCCUGGUGGCAAAGCCAGUGGCGUAUAUGCCAGCAUCAAUAGUGACUUCUCAGCAGCCUUCCUGUCAUGCAAUUCACGUAGUUCAACAAGCUCCCACUGUUACCAUGGUCCGAGUUGUGACCUCCUCUGCAAACUCUGCAAACGGAUACAUCCUCACAAACCAGGGCACAGCAGGAGGAGCUCAUGAAGCUGCAGGAGCAGUGUUGGACUUAGCUGGUGACCAUCGAGGCAUGGAUGAAAAGCCAACGAUUGCGUUUGCCGCCAUCCCCACAGCCAGCCGUGUCAUCCAGACAGUGGCCAGUCAGAUGGCCCAGGCUGUCCCUGGGCAGACAGUCACGAUCCUCCAGCAGGCAGCUCCGGUGGCCAUCGGGCAGCACCAGCUGCCGGUGCGGGCGGUCACCCAGAACGGCAAACACGCUGUGCCCACCAACAGCAUCGCCGGCAACGCCUACGCUCUUACAAACCCACUGCAGCUCCUUGCAGCCCAGGCCAGCUCAUCCACUCCCGUUGUAGUCAGCCGGGUCUGCGAGACGGGGACCGAGGAGACGGCGGCACCCUCUGCCAGUGAACCUGAAGUGAAAAGAGCCCGGAUAGAAGAGCCCAGCGGAGCAGUCCCAGCCCAGACUGGAGUCAUCACAUCUGCAAUGCCACAAGGACAGGCAACCAGUGAAUGAAGAACCGGUGGGAGGAGCUGGAGUGAUGUGGGGUGGGCAUGAUGGGAUGGCAGGAAUCCUAAAGCAGCUUUCACAGGAAACAAACCACAACUGUAACAGCUCAAAACAUAGCUGAUAAACAGCUCCUUUUAAAGUCAGAUUUUUAAAUGGGAGGACAACAGCUGUUAGAGUCACAAGGUGCCAAAAAGAAUGGAAAACCCCUCCCAAGAACCCAUAUCUGGAACUCUGUUCUGUCUUUACCUAUGGGAUAUUUUUUCCUUUUUUUUUUUUUCCUUUUUUUUUAAAGAUUCAAAAAAAAAGUACAGACAACUGAUUGUAUGACUGCUGGGAUAUUUUUAACUGUCUUUUCCCCUUUUGGCUCCAAGGGGAUGGGAUUUUGCAGUUCAGCAUCUAAAGGAAUGUAAUACAAAUACAGUCUGCUCCCUGGAAAGAAAACUCCUCACAUUCUAUGCCUUAAUACCACACUUCUGAGAGCUUUGAACCAUAGGACCAUUUCAGUAAGGUCACCUAAGGCAAUCAAAUGCUGAAAAAGAUGGGUGCAGUAUCUCACAACAACAUUAAAGAAACAUGGUACCAAGCUUAAAGAAAAAGGCAAAUGAUUCUGUUUUUUUUAAACAGAAAAAUUCUGAAUACGAAUGCUUAUUUAUGUGGGGGUUCAGGAGGAAGAGUUAAAGGGCUCAGCCACCUGGAUUUCCAGAUGCAAUUUCUCUCCAUUCCCUCUGAGGGAGAAUAAGAUGAUAGAGGAACUGUAUUAACUUGGUUCCUGUAAAGAUAUUAAAAACACAAAGGGGUUUGUACCUUCACUGAUUUCUUACAAUUAUUCCUCACUUGCUUUGGACAACAGCCAAAGUGUCUUGAUGCCUGAGGAUCACAUGGGGAAGGGUGUCUCCACAGGUUCUGUGUGCAUUUGAUUGAUCCCAUCUUGUGCUGGAGCUUUGAUUCACAAUAGCGCUGUAGGUGAAGGCACGGCCACUAUCUCUGUGAACUUUAGAAAAUAUUGGUUGAUCCUCUGCACUAAAAGCAGUCACCCCCAGCUCCCCUUGGUGGUGUGCUCCUCAGCUCCAUGGCCCAUGGGCAGGAGGCUGUGCUGCCCCUCUGCCAUGGCAAACACCAAAGCUCCUGUGUUACUCUUCAGAGAGGGAAGCUGAGGGCUGGCAUGAGAGGCAGCAGAAGCCAUACAGUGUUUCACACAAAUUCUGUAAGGGUGUAGAGACCAAGGCAAAAGACUUCCCUUUUAUUUUCCAUGUGGCAAAAGCCACUGGAGCUCUUAAACAGUUUUUCCCAAAGGAAUUUGGAGGUUUCCUUGCGUUGCUUGGCUCCCUUUCCCAUCUCUUCUGCCUUGAGAACCUUCACCAGCAGGAGGAGGCUUUUACUCAAACUGUAUUCCAGGCUCCUCAUGUAGUACAAGGAUGUCUUAUCAGGAAAGCAGAUUUGACUCAACUUCAGCCACGAGGAACAGUGGGUGCAUGUGAUACCUUGUGACUGGCAAAGAAAUCAACCCCUGCCUGUAGCCUCCAGCAAACCCCUUUGGUUUUAUACCCGUUUGCAGUCCCCUUGGCUAACAUGUCUUCUGGCAGCACAGCAGAGAUCUUUUAAUUUAGCAAAUGUUAUGGCUUUGGUAAUGGCCAAAGAGACUUAAGAGGGAUGGGCUGUAGCUCUGGUGGGUUAUCCCCCAUCUGUACUGAUUUGUUGUCCAGUUGCUGU